GGCGGCAUGCGGGAGCUCCGCAAAAAUGGCAAUAAUUGGGACAUACCCAAUGCUAAAUACUACACCAGCGCCUGGACUGGCGGAAGCGGCGCCACUAUGGGACAGGGGCACGGACACACACACCACACGGAGUGCUACCCGGGGAACCCGGGGACCUCUGCUACUG